AUGGAAGCGCUGUUGCACAAUGUAUCUUCAUUAAAAGGUACAGGGAUGUAUUGGGAUGACGGUGAAUAUGACAAGUCGUCAAUGAAUUCAACUCCUCUUAAUCUUUGUUCUUCAAUGCUACAUAUGGAUGCUCUGUACCAUUCCCACGGUUUAUCACAGAUUGCUAUUACUGCUAGAAAAGAACAUCAAGCAGUUGUAGAAGUUGCAGUGAUCUUGCGUCUAUGGGGGAAUCAAGCUGAUGGUGCUCAUGGUAUUCAGCUAGUUAUGAUGUCAUUUAACUCCAAUGGGAAACACACUGAUGCCAAUGGUGCUCCAAGAGCUUUCUCUUGGUAUUCCAAGAAACAAGAUAUAGUAGCACAAUCAACAGUCGAGGCAGAAUUUAUUGCUGCAACAGCUGCUGUGAAUCAAGCACUAUGGUUGAGGAAAAUUAUGUGUCGUCUGAAUAUGGAGCAAACAGAAGGGACUGAGGUUUUUAUUGAUGAUCAAGCUGCAAUUUCUACUGCUAAUAAUCCAGUUUUUCAUGCAAAAACGAAGCAUUUCAAUAUUAAGUUGUUUUUCUUGAGAGACGUGCAGAAAGAUGGAGAUGUGAAGCUUCUUUACUGA